CCUCAAACCCGCUGCCUUCCACACUGCAUCCCAGCGCUUUCUUUAUCUAACCACUGAGCUCCUCAAACCUGCUGCCUUCCACACUGCAGCCCAGCGCUUUCUUUAACCACUGAGCUCCUCAAACCCGCUGCCUUCCACACUGCAGCCCAGCGCUUUCUUUAUCUAACCACUGAGCUCCUCAAACCUGCUGCCUUCCACACUGCAGCCCAGCGCUUUCUUUAUCUAACCACUGAGCUCCUCAAACCCGCUGCCUUCCACACUGCAGCCCAGCGCUUUCUUUAUCUAACCACUGAGCUCCUCAAACCUGCUGCCUUCCACACUGCAGCCCAGCGCUUUCUUUAACCACUGAGCUCCUCAAACCCACUGCCUUCCACACUGCAGCCCAGCGCUUUCUGUCUCGUCUUCCCCCUUCUUUCUCCACUAGUCAUCAGCACCUUGUAAAUUACUGGCUGAGAAUGGAAUGCAAUUACUAAUCUGGUUAUCCCAGCUGCAGGCUGUCUCAGUCUCUCGUAACUGGGUAGCAGAUUCAGUCCCUUUUGAUUGCAAGAGCAGGAGGUUGGCUUCAAGCUGCAGGAUUCCUGUUCACAGACUGCGUUUCACAGAUGUCUCAAGUAUCCUUGACGAGUGGUGCCAAUCAGAAGCUGAAGUACAUCAGCCUGGCUGUGCUGGUCGUGCAGAACGCCUCCCUCAUCCUGAGUAUCCGUUACGCACGCACCCUCCCUGGGGAGAGAUUCUUUGCCACCACGGCCGUGGUCGUGGCUGAAAUGCUCAAGGUCACCACCUGCCUGCUGCUGAUCCUGCUCCAGAAGAGAGGGAAUCUGAAGGAGUUUUUGGUGCUGUUGUACGACUCGAUCUUCAUUCAGUACUUAGACACACUGAAACUGGCAGUGCCGUCUCUCAUCUACACCCUGCAAAACAACCUCCAGUACGUGGCAAUCUCCAAUCUACCUGCAGCCACCUUCCAGGUGACCUACCAGCUGAAGAUCCUGACCACGGCCAUAUUCUCCGUCCUGAUGCUUCGCAAGAGCCUGUCCAGGCUGCAGUGGAUCUCGCUCCUGCUCCUCUUUGCCGGUGUGGCGAUCGUCCAAGUGGAACAAGAAGGGGGGCGGAAGGAGGCCUCGGUCGAAAACGACAGCCAGAACUACGCCAAGGGACUGGCGGCCGUCAUCGUCUCCUGCCUGUCUUCCGGCUUUGCUGGGGUCUACUUCGAGAAGAUCCUCAAAGGCAGCUCGGCUUCGGUCUGGAUGCGGAACGUCCAGUUGGGGAUCUUCGGGAGCGGGCUGGGCCUUUUGGGGAUGUGGUGGAACGAUGGGGCUGCCAUUGGGGAGAAGGGCUUUUUUUUCGGGUACACGCCCUUGGUUUGGGGGGUCAUCUUCAACCAGGCCUUCGGGGGCUUGCUGGUGGCGGUGGUGGUCAAGUACGCGGACAACAUCCUCAAGGGUUUCGCCACCUCGUUCUCGAUCAUCGUCUCCACGGUCACCUCGGUGUACCUCUUCGGGUUUCACGUGGAUUUGCUUUUCGCCCUCGGGGCUGGGUUGGUGAUCGGAGCGGUUUACAUGUACAGCCUUCCUCCCGGCUCGCUGCCUUCCUCCCCCUCCUCUUCCUCUUCCUCCUCCUCAUCCUCGUCUUCUGCUGGGACCGUUUCCUCCGGGGUUAGGAACCCAGUGUCGGGAGGGACAGAUUCUGAGACGGACCAUUUCUUGACCAAAAACAUAAAGGAAAAGGGAUGCUAGCGAUUGGCUGGGGACCAAGAAAAGUGGGCGGGGCUUCCCUGAAGAUUCUUUCCUGUGACUAUGCUUUACCAGACCUCUCUGUGCUUUACAAUGCUUCCCUAUGCUUUACCAGACCU